CAACCAACUGACCCGAUGGAUAAAGCCCUAAAUUAACUACUCCGGGGUCGGACUGAAGGAUUUCUCAGUCCAUAGGCUCUUGUCUGAAGGCCCCUUGGCGCCAAGCUAAAACCACCAUGAUCUAUGACGUCAACUCUCCUCUCUUCCGCUCCUUUCUCCGCCAGAAGGGCGGCGUCUCUGACAAGAGGUGAUCUGAAGAACAAAAGCCGAAGGAGCAGAAGCCAAAGGCUAGCGAGAACAAGCCUGUGAUGACAGAAUGAAAAUGUUGCGAGCGCGUAUGCCUGACCAACCAAUGACAACGGAUAUACUUCUCUUUGCUGAUGGUGGACCUCUUAAUUAUUCUAUAUUCUAGGUUGGGAUUGUGAUAGGUGUAACCAUCUCUUUCUAGCUUAAACUUUAUACUAUAAGAAUUUAUAUGUUUAGCCAUAAAAAAAUUAUUACUCAAAAA